UCAGAAUCAAAAUACAAAAAUCCACUUCUCAAUAUGACUGUUGCUAUUGCUGGCGGAACUGGAGGCCUGGGGCGUACACUCGUCGACGCCAUCAAGGCUCGCGGCAAGCAUGAGGUUCUCGUUCUGUCAAGAAGGAAUAUGACAGGCUUGGAGGAGAGCUUGGGCGCUCGCGUUGUAACGGUAGACUACUCUGACGUUGAUUCCCUCGCCUCGAUUCUUGAAGAGAGGAACGUCGAGAUAGUCAUCUCAACUGUGAAUAAUAUCAGCGGUGACAACAGUUCAGAGGUCAAUCUCAUCCGUGCCGCCGAUAAGUCCAAGACAACCAAGAGAUUCAUCCCCAGCUAUUUCGGCACCCCGUACACUCUCGAGCAAAGCGAAUCUUUCCCACCGGCGAUGGCGAAGCAAGCGGCGGCAGACCAACUAGAACUUACGUCUUUGGAAUGGACCAAAGUUUACAACGGCUAUUUCCUCGACUACUACGGAACGCCAAAGCACAAAUCUAAUAUGGAUGAUAUUUCCCUCUUCAUCGACAUGCGGAACAAUUUUGCUGCACUUCCGGGCUCAGGUGACGUGCCGGUGGUUCUCACUCACUCGUCUGAUGUAGCCAGGUUCGUGGCAGCUGCUUUGGACCUGCCGACAUGGGAACGAACCUCGUACGUCAUUGGUGAUAGAAUUACUUGGAACGACCUCGCAAAACAGGCCCAGGAAGUCAAGGGCGUUCCUUUCCACGUUGUACAUGAUUCUGUUGAGACUCUCAAAGCGGGAGUCCUUACCGAGCUUCCUUCGCACCCGCAGUUCUACGAUAUUUACCCCAAGGAACAUCUCCAGGGUUUAAUCGCUGUGUUGGGUGCCAUGUGCGAGAACGGCCAGGCUAAUUUGACCCCAGAAAGAACCCUGAAUCAGGAAUUUCCCGAGAUCAAACCAAUGACGGCUCGCGAUGUUUUGGAAAAGGGUUGGGCUCCUGAGAGAGAAUGAUGGCAUCUGUAGCCUGGGCUGACACGAAUUUUACGUCCGAUAUCGAUUUGGCUAGACUAUAGGGUAUCGGUGUCAUCGUUGGCUUGCAUGAUCAACGGUUGGGCUUGGCAUAGUCCGUCCGAUUGAUUUGGACUGGCCGAGCCAUAUAUUCCGAUGUAGAUAUAAACAGCUUAAUGCUAGCAACCUUAUCAAACUGUCAGAUGCUGCCGCAAUAAGAGCACAAUUAUUGGAUGAGCCCCCUCAAUCUAGC